AUGGGAAGUCGCCGCGAGAGAUCACUCGUGUGGGCAGUUGGUGGAAAUUCCAAGGGGCAACUGGGCAAUGGAACACCUACGCAAUCUAGUUUUUUGCCGUGCAGAGUGGCCUUCCAGCUAGCGCCAACUCAGCGGAUAGCCGAGGUGUUUUGCGGAUACGAGCACACCUUUGCCCUUACGUCGGAUGGCGAUGUGUUGGGCUUCGGCAACGGUGUCAAGGGACAACUUGGCAUCGGAAACACUGACAGCCACAGCAACCCUCAGCGGGUUCAUCUGUUGUCGGGCAAGGGGGUGGUCAAGAUGGCGGCGGGCUUGGAGCAUAGCCUAGCCCUGACUGAGUCAGGGGACUUGUAUGCCUUCGGGGAUAACCUCAGCGGCCAACUUGGACUGGGACACAACUUCACGGCGAAGGAACAGACCCCUCAAAAGGUUCCCCCGCUUGGAAGAGCCAAGAUAACUCAGCUAGCUUGUGGGCAAGACCAUACCGCCGUCCUCACUAGUUCGGGUGAACUGUUCAUGUUCGGCAACAACCGGGAUGGGGCCCUUGGAGUAGCCGGACACGCUAACGAAGGACCUCCAAUCGUCGCUUCUGCUCCACAGCUUGUGACAGGUUUGAAGGGCAAGCACGUGGUGCAGAUUGGAUGCGGUCUACAACAUACUGUGGCUCUCACAGCUGCCGGGGGUGUGUACUGCUGGGGCGAGAACGGUAGGGGGCAGCUCGGAACCGGAGAUACUCAGAAUCGGUACACGCCUUCUUUGGUAUGCAAACCCCUCUCGGCGUUCAAGUGCAUACAUGUGGCUUGCGGCGGGCAGCACACGAUUGCUGUCACCGACUGCGAUGACGUGUACGGCUUCGGCUCUGAUCGACACGGCCAGCUAGGAUUGGGGCGCCGUGGUGUCAUCGUACCCGUACCCACUAGGAUAGUGAGGCUCGGGGGGCGGCGAGUGAAGAACUGCGUGGGUGGGGCAUGGCACACCAUCAUCGGAACAGUCACGGGGGAGCAGUACAUCAUGGGCUGCAUCCUUCCCUCCGCAAACUCGCCCCCGGUGGCGGGAGGUGGUGCAGGCGGGGCAGCCGGAGCCACUUGUUCGUCAGAUCCGUUCGCUCUGUCAUGCGGGGACUUCCGUCGCCUCUUGCUUCCUCGAGGGGCCGAGGCGUGCAGCAAAGGGCACUCCCUGUUGUACGGGCAGGGCUUGGGUGCUCCGCCUAGCGCACUGCGCGAGGUUUCGAAAUCGUUGGGGCGGCUCAAGUGCGACUUUUCUAGGAUGGUGGUGCGGCAGAAGCCUGACGUCCUCUUCACUCCUCACGCCCAUCACGACAGCGAUAGCCUUCAUGAUGACGAUUCCCGCAUCAGAAGCGUCGGCGCAGACAGUCUGUCUUCCAUCGGCGGUGCUGCUGGCAGAGAGGGAGAGGGACAGGGCAACUGCUCGAGCUGUGAUAAUCCUGUUGGCGCUCACCUGUCUGUCUUGAAGGCUCGCUGUCCGCCGCUGUACGAGCACGCGGCAACCGUUGUAUCUCGAUCUCGAUCUCGACGGGCCACCGACGCAGACCAACCAGGGGAAAGAGAAACUGAUUCAGACGGCCGAAUGGCGGCGUGGCGUGUCUGCGCGCCCGCCGGGGUCCCUCUUGACGCCCUGCAGCUCGUGAUCUGCUACCUCUAUCAAGACGCGGGAGUUUUCGACAAGCCGAAGCCAGAAACCGCCGAAACCGACCGCGACUACAAGUACGAAGACGCCUCCUUUUCGGGAAACACUGGGGACGCGGCGCAAUCGGAGCCCAACCGAGCCCGGGACAGGCGUGACCGGCUCUUCUCGAUAAGGUCUAAGGCGGGGGUGGCGGAUGAGGAUGACGAACAGCUCAAGCAUGGCACUGCCGAGAUGUCCAUGAACCCGUGGGACGAGGGGGACGAGGGGGAGCACGAGACUGCGGCGGGGUUCGGGAGCUUUGGGGGUGCCUACGGGGGCAACGGCAAGUACGACGGGGCGGGGCUUGAUCGCUUGGUGAGGCUCAUGGCUGCCGCCAGGACGCUCAAGCUCACCCGUCUACAGGGAUUGUGUGAGAAACGGGCAGAGGCGUUUAUCGACUGCCGUACGGUCCACAAGGUCCUUCGUCGUGCCGCGGAGGGCGGCUUUCCCUACCUCAAGCGAAGGUGCCUUGAGUUCUGCCUCGUGCACCUGGGCGAGGUGCUUGCGGACGUGCUGAGCUUGUCGGCGGCGUCGGAAGGAGCGAAGCAUGCGGCGGCCAGCGAGGAGUCUUUCGAAGGGGACGGGGCUAUCCCGUGCAUCGAAGCCCUCAGGGGUGAAGCUGCUUGCGUCGUCCCAGCGGAAGACUACCAGGGCGAUUUCCUCGCGCUGUUCGAAGAGAUCGCCGCCGAGUCGGUUGCCGCGGAGGGAAGGGAGGAGAUAUCGCCACCCCGCCCCACACAAGCCGGCCACGCCGCGAAAGCCCACUCGGAUGAGAAGAAGAAGAGACAGCCCACACCCGGCCCCGUCACUUCCUUCGCCCAAGGCAACGACAAGGGCGAGCUCCCGAGGGCUUCCGGUGAUGGAAAAGGAGAAGGAAGCGUCCUCGUGCCCGGGGAGAAACGAAGAGCUGCUGGCUACAAAGACGUUGGUAAACGCCCUGCAGAGGCGGAGGGUGAUUUUAAGAUACGGGCGGGCGAAGGCAUGCCGGCGGUAACGGUGCACAAGAGCAUAUUGGCGGCGCGCUCAGGGUUCUUCCGAGCACUGCUGGAGGGACGCAUGGCCGAUGCCGGCCAGGACGAGCUGACACUCAAGUUCGAACCUGUUGUGACCAUCUGCGCUCUUCUGGAGUUCAUCCGUUUUCUGUACACCGGCCGCUCGGGGAAUGACAUUGAGCCGUUGAUAGCUCUCGAGGUUCUCUUUCUCACAAAGGGCGACGAGGGCUCCGGUGGAUUCUUUCAGGUGGCCGGGACCGACGAGCUGAGACGUUUCUGUACGUUGAGGAUUUUCGACGGGAUGGACAGCGACAACGCGCUCUCUAUACUGGUUCGCGCUAAGGCCUUCGGCGACGAACGAGUGUUGGAAGCUGCGAUCGACUACAUCCUGGGACACUUUGACAGCUGCAUGUCGUCCCUCAAACCGCCGGACGGCUUUGGAGGUGAAGCUGAAGAUGGGGGUGGUACGCUGGAGGAGGAUCCGAUGACAACGCUGAUACCAGCCUGCUUGGAGGACGACGAAUCUCCCGCCGUCGAUCUUCUCCUUGCCUUGGCUAAGAGGUGCACGGUUCAGAUCAAGCCUGGGACGUAGCUCAGCCGCCCGGGUUUUUGACUUGAGUGUGCCCGGCGGGGAAGCGCAAGCGCGCUGUACAAGUAUGCGAUGCUUUUUUUUGUGUUUGAUAAACGUGUGUAAGUACGGGGUGCUGAUGUUGAUGUUGGUGAUGGUAUGUGCAAAGUGCCAUGAAAUGUGUAUGCUGGCUGCUUAAUUGCACCCAUCUUGUGGUUGUACCGUAUGAUCAUGUACUCUAUAUCUGCCUUGGUUUGUUGAAGGAAAGUGAGUGAUGUGUGGGUCUGCCUCCUCUUCGUGCCUUCGGACACUCGCGAAUCGAAUCGCCGAAGUCUGUCAUAGAGGUAUUUUUCCUAUUAAUCAUAUGAGCAUGAGUCAGAUUUGGGGUGCGCUGCUGCACUGCCUCUGUCUCGACUCGAGGAGCGUUGAGCUUUUCCUGGGUAUACACUACACCUUGCUGGUGAUGGUAUUGGUGAUGGUGAUGGUGGUAUGCAUGGUAGUGGUGGUGGUGGUGGUGGGAGUGGUGGUCGCCCCGGUGGUGUGGUAUGAUAGUUGUUCACCUCGUGAACAUUCUGGUAUGGUAGCAGGUUAGAGUUCGAUUCUCUCUCUGGAGUGAAAG